AUAACCCAAGCACCACCAGUACAAUUCACAAAAUGUACGGAAGGUGCAAUGUUUUGUUGACUUUGUUUGGUACGAUUUUUGCAAUUUAUCCGUAUUUCGAUACUCAAGACUUUAUUUAUAAUGUUCCUAAAGUAUAUAGAAUAUCAAUAACGUUAGACAAAUUGCUAGAGCAUUAUGAAACAAAAAUGUCAAAGGAUCCGGAAUGGUAUAUUGCGCUCAGAAUGGCAAGAGGUCAACUCGAAUAUACAAUAAACGAGCUCGACAAAUCGGUACCGGCCAAGUUAAAAGAAAAUUUGCAGAAUAUUUCGAGGAGAAUGGAUCGUAUUUGGAACAGUACUGAUUUCACAACAUUAGUAUAUCGCAGCAAAGACUAUGAAUAUGUUGCUAAGGCUAUUUUUGAAAACAUCGACGUGUUUUCGUCGCUCUUGGAGCCGAUCACAAUCGGCACGAUGGGAACUCAGAAACCAUUUCGUUUUAAUUUUGAACAAUAUGUUCAAGAAGCUAAAACGAAAAUGCCAAGCAGAAAAGCAGCAGAUGCAUGUACGAUGCAACUGCUGAUAUCUGCAAUGGAAACGCAAACGACACAAGCUGAUGGGACCUGCGAGCUUUCCCCGGAAUGUCAAACACAAUUGAUGCAAGGAUCUGGACUUGCUUUUCAACAAACCAGCCGAGUUCGUGCAAUGAUUUUAUCGCGUGUCUUUGAUUGCAUGGAAGGUGUUGAUCUCUCAGCAUUAAUUUAUAAGCUUUGUAUACAAAUUUAUAAAGAGACGAAAUCAUUGGAGGCUUGGGAUCAUCCGCCUGGCACAAGAACAUUGUUUAUGCAACAAAUAUUAUUAUGUGCAUCACAAGGCUACGGGGAAUUUAUAAAACCAAGAUGGAUGAAUAAAGUUAUAUCAUGGCAGGAACCUAAGGGAUGUUACGCAGAUGACAGACAACCGUUUUUAAAACUUACCGGUUUUGUAGGACCUGCUUCGUCACCGCCACCGAAAGAUAGUGAGGAAGAGUAUCGCGUCAAGAAAGCUGCGUCAUCCGAAGGGGGUUCCUGCAACUCCUUAACGUCAGCAAUGGCUUUGGGCUCUCUUGUAAUGUAUGUGAGAGUAUUGUUAGAAACUGAUCAAGCAUUUCAAUAUGAAGUUCUUGUGUAAGAUUUUUGUGAAUUUAGUGCUUAAUAAAUAGUAUAAAAUUCAAAUUAAUUUUAUUACCAAAGUAUUUUAAUUAAAUAUGCUUACUUUAUUUAAUUCAAAGAUUUUACUCAAUUAAAAAUAAUACAAU